AUGGAGCCGCUGCGGCUAAAGCCCAGACAGCCAGUGGAGGCUGAGAUAGAGAACUGGGAUGAUGACGAUUUUAUCGUAGACGGCGACGAGUUGAGCCUUCGGCCUACCAGUACCGCUGUCACUACCAAUGCACAACCACGUCGACGCGAUUCCACCUCGUCCCACAUUUCGCUGCGCUCCGAUCUGGACUCGGCGUAUGGGGAGGAACAACACGUCCACCUCCCGGCAGACGAUGAGCGAUCAACAAUGGCUGCCAUAGCCGCCGCCGAGAGGGCAGGCAUCCCGUUGCCCAAGAAUGUGCCGUCGUCUGCAUUGACCGGAGGCACCAUCAAGAGGCUCGGCGGCAAGAAGAUGCGGAGAACCAUCGACGAGGACUGGGAGAAUGACCUGGAGCUGCCCGAGGGGCUCCAAGGGCUCCAGAUGAAGCCGCGAACCCAGACCGAGUUUCCAGAGACCCUGCGCCAGGUCAGCGGAGGCUCGCUGCAGAGCUUGCUGCAGAACAGCCCCAGGAAGACGCCCAGGUCUACCAGAGACAGCCGGCGGAGCUCUAUCAUGUCCAAUUCGAGCAUCUUGUCGGCCGCACCCAGCCUAGACAAGUUUAGAGACACGGAGGAUGAGGAUGACGACUUCUUCGGCGACGGUUUUGACACAAUCAAGGUCCCUAAGAAGCGACCGCCUCGCCUGGCUCCCUUUGUCACCCCUCCCACUCCCCUUGAAAGCGAGGCAUCGAAGGAGCCGCUGGACGAAGACUUUGAGGGAGACUUUGAGCUCCCGUCCGAUGGCAAGCUGAAGUUGUCCGCUAGGAGGGAAAUACCCAGAACACUGUUUUCGUCAUCGGAUGAUAUAGACUGGGGUGAGGGCAGCAGCCUCGGCACUAGAUAUGGCGGCACUCGACGAGAUGCGAGAUCAACUCGAAGCUCGUCGGUCUCGGCCAUGAGCCCUAGCCUCUCCAGCACAUUCACGGUGGAGAGCGAGGACGAGACCUUUGACGGCCUCGUACUGCCCCCCGGCCAUCUCAAUUUUCAGGAGAGGCUGCACCUGCGGAAGACAAACCCACCGCCGGAAGACAUACCGGAGGAGCCACCUGCCGAAGCAGCACCCCCGAAGAAGCUACUUCCUGCGGCAGAAGUGGAGCAGCAGGACUUUCUCGAGGGGCUUGAUAUUGGCGAUGGGAACGUGUUUGACUCUGGGAAACUCACCAUGCAUCGGAAUAUCAAGAUCAAGGACAGCCGGCUCGCCAACCCUGCCCGUCCAAAGACGUCAGUGUCAUUGACGUUUAGCAACAAGCCCAUGCCUCCACAGACAAGGAUCCCUCGCCUCAACCAUGAGAGGUCACAUUCUACCGCUCUUGAGCCCGUCUCGGAGAGUGGCGGUCCGAUCCCACAUCGGGUUCGUCGACCACAGUCCCGCCUUGGCCAUUCCAACCAGCUGUCCGUGGCGAGCCUCCCAACGCCUACUACCAUUUCUACCUUUUCAAUCGCCACAGCCCCUCGCAGGACAGAUUUAUCUCGAACCACCUUUACUUCUAGUAGGAAUGACCCUCCUACGACAAAUGCUCAGCUUCUUAGGCAGAAACGCUCUCUGACAGCCGUGCGGGCUCGAAAUCCUCCCGCCAAACCACCCAUCGCCGGUCGUUCAGAGAGACCAACAUCACGCACGGAGCCAGGCCAGUCUCGACCAAAGACGCCCCAGGAUCGCCCGACGGCCACCAGCGAGAGUCCUGGACAAGCAAGAAAGAACUCAAUACCAUUUAUCCCUGCGGGUGCUUCCCACUUGCAAUCGCAGCACGCGGGUUCCAAGACCCUGCGACAGUUUCGCCGCCAUGACUCCGACAAUUCCAUCGAUGCCCGCCCCAUCUCCCGGUCCUUUUCAAGGCCAGGCCUGCAAUCGCCCAGCCCAAAGCGCCACAAGACGGCUGCUUCUGGGACGUGGGAUCGUCUAAGCAGGCCCAAGAGCAUACGCCAAUUUGGCGAUGGUCACGAGCUAGACGCCUUUGACGAUCUACCCACCUCGAAGGAGACGGAAAGCCGUUACUUGAAGCAGCCUUCUGCAGCUGGGCCCAAAGCAACAUUGCGCAAAUCACCACAGGUACCACGACCACCGGCAAUUGAUAGGAACAAGACGCCUUCGCCAUGGAACGCAGCACCCAAGCCCGCCAUACGACCCAACUAUACCCCCAGCUUUGCGCGUGACACCGCAGCUAGCCGCAUCGCACGCGAGACAGCUCUAGCCCACCGGACGCCAAGCGGCGGGCCGUUGGCUUCAGUUUCUGCUCAGCGAGCACCAACUCGAAGCAAUGCUCAGCAGACGUCUUCUACAACUCGAACCAAGAAGUUGAAGCGACCCCCGCAGCUAAAGCCCCAUCUCAUCUCCAACUUGAGUGGCGGCAAAGAAUCCAAAGUCGUCAAGGGGAUGUUUUACAACGCCGCGACAUACUGCUGGGAAGGGAACGAGAAUGCUCUGAAUGCGUUUGAUGGGUCGACCUCGACGCCAUCAUCAAAUUCGGUUCCCUUGCACUUGGCUCGAGAUAAGGAGACUCCAGUGCCUCGGCCAGCUCUCAUUACCAACAUCAGCACCACUAAAGGUGUGCAAGUGGUUGGUGGCAUGGUGUUUGAUCCUCAAAACAUGUGCUGGCUGAAGCUCGGCCCUCAGAGCAUGACAAGAUCCGAGGCCACUGAUAGCCUGGACAACUUCAAUGCCUUCGAAGAUGAUGAGGACGUCUUUAAGGACAUUCCCGAUCUCGAAGACAAUACCGUCACUGAUGAGCGUGAAGGCCACUCCAGUGACAUUAAGGAUGACUGGCUAGUGGGAGAGGAGUUUGACGUGGGCCCCGAAUUCAUCCGGAGACAGCGUGAAGAGGAAGAGAGGUGGCGGAAGAAGUGUGAGAAGUGGAUAAGCCACACUCCUCGAGACCGAGACGCCUGGCGAUGGACCAUUCGCGAACUCGUCUCUGGAUUCGAUGACUUUGCGAUGCCGAGCGUGGCUAGGUAA